CAACGCAUCGACCGGUUCAUUCAUUGCACAGUAAUCUCUGGAAACUUUCAAAUAAAACUGUGGCUUGUGGCUUUUGAAGAAAAAUCGCAAUGGUUACUAUUUGGAUGGUACACAAGAUGGGUGUUUCGGCAUGUGUUGCCUGUAUGGCGAUGAUACAGCAGGCAGACUGCGUCAUCUUCUCUCCGACUAUGAACGAGUUGGUUUCGUAAACAACGCAUCGACCGGUUCAUUCAUUGCACAGUAAUCUCUGGAAACUUUCAAAUAAAACUGUGGCUUGUGGCUUUUGAAGAAAAAUCGCAAUGGUUACUAUUUGGAUGGUACACAAGAUGGGUGUUUCGGCAUGUGUUGCCUGUAUGGCGAUGAUACAUGUAGCUCUUCUGUUGAGUGGCCAUCAGGUGGAAUGUCUUGACAGUCAAUGUGGUGGAUUUUAUCAUCAAAUGUUCAGUGCAGAAAACAGAGCUCUGAAACACUCCACAUUCAUGAAGAAAAAUGUAUCCAAUCAUGUCAUAUGUGGACGGGACUGCUACAUUGAUAAGAACUGUAAGUCUUUCAACUUCGACAAAUGCAAUAAACUGUGUGAGUUAAACAACGGUACGAGAGCUCUGCAUCCUGAAGAUUUCCUUGAAGAUCAAGGGAGUGUUUACUUUGAUUCAGAUGAGGACACAGUUCUCUUCUCUUUGCCAGAUAGUUCUCUUCAUCACUACAAAAGUUGUAAGGAGUUAUUAGAGGCGAGUUACUCCAAGAGCAAUGUAUACGUAAUCUACCCAGAAGGGUUAUCUGAUGGUCUGGAAGUCUACUGUGACAUGGAGACUGAUGGAGGGGGAUGGAUUGUAUUUCAGAGACGGCAGAACGGCAGUGUGGACUUCUACCGCACCUGGGCUGAGUACAAGUCUGGCUUUGGUAAUCUUUCUGGUGAGUUCUGGCUGGGUAAUGAUAACUUGAUGACUUUAACGUCUGAUGACUCACAGGGACCAUUGGAGCUUAGAGUGGAUCUUUACGACAAUACUGAAACGGCAUUUGCGAAGUAUGAAGAUUUCAAGAUUGUUGGUGAAAAGUACACCCUUGAGUUUGGCGCAUACGAUGCAAGCAGUACUGCUGGUGACUCUCUUGAUGAGAACAACGGACUGCCCUUUUCUACGAUGGAUAAUGACAAUGAUAAGUGGGAAGAUAACAUGGCUGAACGUCAUGAAGGAGCCUGGUGGUUUCCUACAAGUCCUGCAUCUCACCUAAAUGGUAAAUAUUACCAAGCUGGUCCUUAUUUAUACGGCAAAGGUAUCAAGUGGAAUAGUUGGCGAUCUGGGUAUUCACUCUCAAAAUGCAGCAUGAAAAUCCGUUAAAUUAAAUAAGUUAAAGCUUUACAAGUAUAUUUAAACGUUGUCGCUUGCUAGUUACCAUUGGGUUUAGUCAUCGGAUCUUUGCCACAGUUUUAUGCAUAACAUUUCGUAAUUUUCCUUUAUAUUUAAGGUCCAUCAUUGAAUUCUCGCGAAAAUAGAAUCCUGGCAGCUUACAAAAAAAAGGGGAAAAAGUUUCAAUUCUGUUAUCGCAAAUAUACGCAUCCACAUAAUCAUCAUUAUUAUUAAUCAUGAACUCUCUUUUAACAGAUUUGUGGACAGUUGCACAGAAGAACUUAUAUAUUUAGAAAGUUUACCUAUUUAAUAAUUAAAAUAAAGACUAAGUUAAACACGUCAAAUAUUUACUUUUGAGUACAACAUCAACAAAUUAAGGCAGAAGAAAAAUCUAAAUUGUUAAUGUUUUUUUUUAACCCUUUUACAAUGAAGAUAUUUAUUAUGGGAAUAAUAGU